AUGGUGAGAGGGAAGAUAGAGAUGAAGCGUAUAGAGAACGCGACGAACAGACAAGUGACAUUCUCGAAGAGGCGUAAUGGACUCUUAAAGAAGGCUUUUGAGCUCUCAGUUCUGUGUGAUGCCGAGGUUGCUCUCAUCAUCUUCUCUCCCAGAGGCAAGCUCUUUGAAUUUUCAAGCUCCAGGUUGCAGGAGACAAUUAAACGAUAUCGUAGUUAUAAUAGAGAUGCUGAGACAGCCACCAGAUACUUGGAACAAAAUAUGCAGCUUUUAAAGGAGGAAGCAGAAAGCAUGAUGGGAAAAGUUGAACAUCUUGAAGUUACAAAACGGAAACUCUUGGGAGAAGGAUUAGGGUCAUGCUCCCUAGCAGAACUAGAAGAGAUACAACAGCAGUUACAAAGGAGUGUGAUAAACGUCCGAGCAAGAAAGAAUCGGGCUUUUACAGAACAAAUUGAGCGAAUAAAAGAAAAGGGAAAUACUCUAAGAGCAGAAAACGCAAGGCUCUAUGAAGAGUAUGGUAUGAUGCCUGAUAUGCAUCAGACGACAGAGAAUACAAGUGAAAAUCCAACCUCCUCGGAAAAUAGUCCAACUUCAGAUGUGGAAACUGACUUGCUCAUUGGACCCCCAGAAACAAGAACAAGACGCGAUAUUAAUAUUCCUCAUAAUACUCCGGAGGUCUAA